AUGAAUUCUUGGUAUUUGGUUCUGGUCGCAUUGAGUUUUUCAAACGCAGCUGCGCUAAAAUUACGUUUCACCAAUGUAAAAUGUGAAGAUCUUCGUCCGGAUUUUUCUCAAUUUAAAAAGUGCCGCCUUGCCGUUGUAAAACGUGAUGUUAUUUCGCUUAACCUUGAAGUCAAGUUACUCCAAGUACCGGUGGGCAACGUCACGGUUAACUUAUCGUUUUACAAAAAACUCAAUGGCUAUCGACCAUUUCUCUAUAAUAUUACCCAUGAUUUUUGCUGGUUUAUGGAAAAUCGUAAACGUAUAAUGCUUGCGAAAAUAAUCUUGGACCUCUUUCUCAAGAAAUCGAAUAUCAAUCACACGUGUCCCUUUGAUCACAAUAUUAUUGUGGACAAUGUAAUUUUGCAUGAAAGCCAAUUUAAAUUGCUACCCUUUCCACGCGGCGAUUACAUGAUGCAAGUCAAAGUGGCUGCCUACAAUGACUGGAAGGCGGUUGUUAAAAUGUAUUUGGGUAUAUAUCAGGAUUUGUAA